CUCUCUCUAUAUCUCUCUCCUCGCGAUUCCAUCUUUCAAUUGAUGAUUCAUUCAUACGAUUCACUCGCCAUCAUAAACUUAUCUCGAUUUCUUCUUCUGAUCAUUCCUUGCUUUUCAAUCUGAUUUCACCAUCUCUCAAUUUCAAGAACCCUAAUGGGCUAAACUUGGCAUUACAUGGGAGGUAUAGAAGACACUGAACCGCCUUUGAAACGUGUGAAACUUCCUCCAGGAGAUUUACAGGAAUCAUUUGGAACCUCAUCUAACACAUCGUCUGUAUUUGGCUCUUUUGGAGCUUCAAUGGCACGGCCACUAUCCUCCCAAGAAGAUAGUAAAACGGUCGGUUCAAAAGGAGUUAUCAAAAGAGAGGAGUUUGUCAAGAUUAUAACCAGGGCAUUGUAUUCUCUUGGGUACAACAAAGCAGGGGCUCUUCUUCAAGAGGAGUCGGGAAUACAGGUGCACUCAUCAGCAGUAAGCAUUUUUAUGCAGCAAGUAGUAGAUGGAAAAUGGGAUGAAAGUCUUGCUACUUUGCGAAAGAUAAAUUUCUGUGAUGAAACAAACGUGAAAUCUGCAUCUUUCUUAGUAUUGGAACAAAAGUUCCUGGAGCUUUUAAGGGAGAAGAAAAUCAUGGAUGCUAUAGGUACUCUUAGGAACGAGAUUACACCUCUUUCAGUAAAUGUAGGCAGAGUUCAUGAGCUAGCUACCUGGGUUAUUUCUCCAUCCCGAUCUGCCUCAUCUGGACAAUGCAAUAAUGAUUAUUCUGACCAGAGUUCCCGGUCAACUUUUCUUGAGGAACUGAAGAAGUUGCUUCCUGCAGCAGUUAUGGUGCCUGAAAGCAGGUUAAUUGAUCUGGUUGAACAGGCCAUUGACAUGCAACGCGUUAAGUGUACUUAUCACAAUUGUAAUGACUCUGAAGCGUCCCUGUUGACUGACCAUCAUUGCGGAGAAAAUCAAAUUCCUUCACAAACUUCACAGGUGUUGCAUGGACAUGAUGAUGAAGUUUGGUUUUUACAAUUUUCCCAUGGUGGUAAAUUUCUGGCUUCGUCUUCAAAAGAUCGAUCAGCUAUUAUAUGGGAGGUCAAAGAGAAUGGGCAUGUGGCGCUGAAGCACAGAUUGACAGGGCAUCAAAAGCCUAUAUUGAUGGUUUCCUGGAGCCAUGAUGACCAUCAGCUCCUUACUUGUGGAAUGGAAGAGAUUGUGAGGCGAUGGGAUGUUGAUUCUGGUGAAUGCCUCCAUAUUUACGAAAAGACGGGAGUUGGGUUUGUGUCUUGUGGAUGGCUCCCAUAUGGAGAGGGGAUAACAACUGGCAUGACUGACAAGAGCAUUUGUUUGUGGGAUUUAGAAGGGAGAGAAGUGGAGUGUUGGAAAGGACAGAGGACACUUAAUACAUCGGACAUGGCAGUAACUGAUGAUGGGAAUAGAAUCCUAAGCAUGUGUAAAGAAACGGCAAUACUGUUGUUGGACAAAGAAGAAAAGGUAGACAGACUUAUUGAAGAAACCCAAGUGAUUACUUCGUUUUCUUUGUCAAUAGACAACAAAUUCAUUCUCGUCAAUCUUGGAAAUCAAGAAAUUCACCUCUGGAGUAUUCAUGGUAAACCAAAAAUUGUUCACAAGUAUGAGGGACAUAAACGCACUCGGUUUCUAAUCAGAUCGUGUUUGGGUGGAGUAGAUGAAGCGUUUGUUGCUAGUGGGAGCGAAGAUUCACAGGUAUACAUAUGGCUGAGAGGCAAUGAAGAGCUGAUAUCAAUUCUACCUGGGCAUGCAGGAUCGGUUAAUUGUGUUAGUUGGAAUCCUAGAAACAGUCACAUGCUGGCAUCGGGAAGCGAUGAUCGCACGAUUAGGAUAUGGGGUAUCCCAAGUAGCAGCAGUAGCAGCAGCAGUAUGAAGAGCAGUUGCAGUCAAAGCAAUGGAGAUGUUUAUCACUCAAAUGGGAAAAUCUAAGGUGGAGUUGCUAAGAAAGAAAGGAAGAAAGAAAGAAAGAAAGUCUGAUUGAUUUGUCAUCUUCUACUCUUUUAAUUCAAUGUUUUUCUUUUACUUCAUUUGUAUAAACAAAACCUUUGCUUUGAUUCUGGCAUCAUACCUAUCAUAUGCCUGUCUAUCUAUGUACUCACUUUUAUCAGCUAUUCAACUGAAUGUUCAAAUUAA